AUGAUCUGUCUGAUAGUGACGCCGUCGGCCAGCUUCACCCCACGGGGAAUCUACGUCCACGGUUACGUCAUCUACGUCCACGGUUACGUCAUCUACGUCUACGGUUACGUCAUCUACGGUUACGUCAUCUACGUCCACGGUUACGUCAUCUACGUCUACGGUUACGUCAUCUACGUCCACGGUUACGUCAUCUACGUCUACGGUUACGUCAUCUACGUCCACGGUUACGUCAUCUACGGUUACGUCAUCUACGUCUACGGUUACGUCAUCUACGUCAUCUACGGUUACGUCAUCUACGGUGACGUCAUCUACGUCCACGGGUACGUCAUCUACGUCUACGGUUACGUCAUCUACGGUUACGUCAUCUACGGUUACGUCAUCUACGUCUACGGUUACGUCAUCUACGGUUACGUCAUCUACGUCUACGGUUACGUCAUCUACGGUUACGUCAUCUACGGUUACGUCAUCUACGUCUACGGUUACGUCAUCUACGGUUACGUCAUCUACGUCUACGGUCACGCCAUCUACGUCUACGGUUAUGUCAUCUACGGUGACGUCAUCUACGUCUACGGUUACGCCAUCUACGUCUACGGUUACGUCAUCUAUGGUUACGUCAUCUACGUCCACGGUUACGUCAUCUACGGUUACGUCAUCUACGUCUACGGUUACGCCAUCUACGUCUACGGUUACGUCAUCUACGGUAACGUCAUCUACGUCUACGGUUACGCCAUCUACGUCUACGGUUACGUCAUCUACGGUUACGUCAUCUACGUCUACGGUUACGCCAUCUACGUCUACGGUUAUGUCAUCUACGGUGACGUCAUCUACGUCUACGGUUACGUCAUCUACAUCUACGGUUACGUCAUCUAUGGUUACGUCAUCUACGUCCACGGUUACGUCUACGGUUACGUCAUCUACGGUGACGUCAUCUACGUCUACGGUUACGUCAUCUACAUCUACGGUUACGUCAUCUACGUCUACGGUUACGUCAUCUACGUCUACGGUUACGUCAUCUACGGUUACGUCAUCUACGUCUACGGUUACGUCAUCUACGUCUACGGUUACGUCAUCUACAUCUACGGUUACGUCAUCUACAUCUACGGUUCCGUCAUCUACGGUUACGUCAUCUACGGUUACGUCAUGGCCGAAUGUCCAAACGGCUCAAGAGCAGCGGGGACUUCAACAUGUCCAGUCUCUGACAUGGGGAAACCGGCUUGUGCAUCAUAUUCCUGA